AGAGAGAGAUCCCUGCCCCUUCCUCCUCCUUCCUCCCUCUCUCUCUCUCUUCCAACCUGCUCUCCCAGCCGGCGGCGGCAGAGAGGGAUUUUCUAACCCGGGCUGCAGAUGCAGGGAGCAGGGCUGCAGAGUGAAACAGACACUGGUAGUCCGUAGGGAAGUUGUGGAAAGGAGGCUCGGCGCAACAUUUUAAACGCAUUCGAAAUAGUUUUGGAGUGUGUUUAUCGGACUCUCCGGGCGGUAACAUUUUCUUUUUUUUUUUAGGAAAGUUUACUUUUUUGGGGGGUUCCUACAUCCGUGUGGUGAACAUGGGCUCCGUGCGCACACUCCCGGCCGGCCGGUCAGCGCUUCUUCUGGCGGGGCUGCUUGUAGCUCUGUGGCAGCUCUGCGGAGCAAGUUGUCCGGAGAAAGACUUGGAGGACCGGGAAGAGGAGGCCAACGUAGUUUUGACCGGCACUGUGGACGAAAUCACUAACAUGGACCCGGUGCACAAUACCUACUCGUGCAAGGUCAGAGUGUGGCGCUACCUAAAAGGAAAGUCCAACGUCAACAGAGAAAUCCUCCUGGCCGGCGGAAACAAGUUGAUGAUCGGCGGCUUCGGCAACCCCGUCUGUGACAACCACGUGUCCACGGGGGACACCCGCAUUUUCUUUCUCAACCCUGCGUCGAAAUCCAUGGGCCCUGAACACAAGAACGAACUUAUGCUCAACUCCAGUCUGAUGAGGAUUACUCUGCGCAACCUGGAGGACGUGGAGCACUGCGUGGAAGACAAACCUCCUCACUUCACUCCGGCGCAGACUCCUGAUGGCUGCAGAGGGAUGCUGUGUGGAUUCGGAGCUGUAUGUGAGCGCGACCCGACAGACCCGGCCAAAGCAGAGUGUGUUUGUAAGAGAGUGGAGUGUCCGUCCUUGGUGGCUCCUGUUUGCGGCUCGGACUCAUCCACCUACUCCAAUGAGUGCGAGCUGGAGAAAGCUCAGUGCCACGCACAGAGACGCAUCAAGGUGCUGCGCAAGGGACCCUGCUCUCUGAAGGACCCCUGCGCCGACGUGGCCUGCAGUUACGGCAGCACCUGUGUCCAGUCCUCAGACGGCCUGUCGGCUAAAUGCAUGUGUCCCCUCGGCUGUGAGGGCAAACCAAAGCAGACGGUGUGCGGCAGUGACGGGAAGGACUACCCCAACGAGUGUGAGCUUCAUCAGCACGCCUGCAAGAACCAGAAGAACAUCCGAGUGCAAUAUCCGGGCCCAUGCGACCCGUGUAAAGACAGUGAAAACAGUGUGAACACCAUGUGCCGGGUGGAGGCUCUCACCCGCCAGCCCCUCAUGUUUGGCCUGCCGGAGUCGUGCCCCCCAGCUAAUGAGCCUCUGUGUGCCAGCGAUGGACGGACCUACUCCAGCGAGUGCGCCAUGACAUCUUCGGGCAUGCAGAAAGGCGUGAAACUAAGGAAGAUCUAUGCAGGACGAUGCGGGAGGCUGGAGGACUGUAAGGAGGAGUGUCUCUUUAACGCAGUGUGUCUGGUGGAGCAGCUGAACGCCCGCUGCUCCUGUGAUCCUAUCGCGUGUGAUGACACCUACAGGCCCGUGUGCGGCAAGGAUGGCCACACCUACAUCAACGACUGUGUACGGCGCCAGGCGGAGUGUGUGAGCAGGACCCUGAUCCCCAUCAAGCACCAAGGGCCCUGUGAUCUCAACGUACCGAGCCCCUGUUUGGAUAAGGAGUGCGAUCACGGUGCAGUGUGUGUGGUCAAGAACAACGAGCCUGUGUGCGAGUGCCCCGAGGCCUGCCCGCAAACGUCUGACCCCGUGUGCGGAUCCGAUGGCCACAGCUAUGGCAGCCCCUGUGAGAUGAGGGCGAUGGGUUGUGCCCUGCAGAGAGCCAUUCAAAUCCAACACAAAGGACCUUGUGAUGAAGCUUGUGCCAACUGCUCAUUUGGUGCAAUCUGCGAUGCCCAGAGCGGGAUGUGUGUGUGUCCAUCGGAGUGUGUGAACUCCCACCAGCCUGUGUGCGGCAGCGAUGGCAUCACCUACCAGAGCGAGUGCGACCUGCACGUUCAGGCCUGCAAUGAACAGACGGACAUCCGAGUGGUCAGCCAGGGAGAGUGCAAGACAUGCGGCAACACAGUUUGUGCCUGGGGAGCCCGGUGUGUCCAGAAUAAGUGUGAGUGCCCACUGUGCCCAGGCGAGGCCUUCUCAGCGGUGUGCGGAAGCGAUGGCACCACCUACAACAGCGAGUGCGAGCUCCGUCUGUCGUCCUGCAUGCAGAAGAGGAGGAUUGAUGUGGCCAAGCCCGGCAGCUGUGAUGAAGACUGCGGCUCAGGGGGGUCAGGCUCGGGCUUGGAGAGCUGCGAACAGGACCGCUGUCGCACGUUUGGAGGCUCGUGGGACGAGGACGCCGAGGACGAUCGAUGCGUCUGUGACUUCAGCUGUCGGACUGUGCCGCCCAACCUGGUUUGUGCCUCAGACGGAAAAACCUACGACAACGAGUGUGAGCUGAAGAAGGCCAGAUGUGAGAAACAAGAGCACGUGUUGAUCCUGAAUCAAGGACCCUGUGCAGUGAUUGCACACGCAUCUCUUCCUGAGCUGACAGAACCCCAGCACUGCAGUCUGUCUAUAUACGGCUGCUGCCUCGACAACUCGACGACCGCCUUGGGAGUCGGACUGGCCGGAUGUCCCAGUACCUGUCAGUGUAACGUCCACGGCUCCUACAAAGAAACAUGUGAUCCAGCCAGCGGUCAGUGCUCCUGUAAGCCGGGCGUCGGGGGGCAGAAAUGUGACCGCUGCGAGCCGGGCUUCUGGAACUUCCGUGGCAUUGUGACCGAGAACAUGAGCGGCUGCACACCAUGUACCUGCGACGCUACAGGCUCGGUCCGGGACGACUGCGAGCAGAUGUCAGGUCUGUGUUCCUGCAAGACGGGGGUGAAGGGCAUGAAGUGUAACGUGUGUCCAGAUGGAAGCAAGAUGGGCAUGAACGGCUGCGACCAAGGUCCUGAGGCUCCGACUUCAUGUGAAGAGUUGAUUUGCAAUUUUGGAUCUUCCUGCAUUGAAUUGAAUGGCCAAGCUCACUGCGAGUGUCCGUCACCUGACUGCGAUGAGAAAGACAAAACCAAGGUGUGCGGCUCAGACGGGGUGACCUACGCCGACCAGUGCCAGCUGAGGACCAUCGCCUGUAGGCAGGACAAGGACAUCACUGUGCAACACUUUGGACAGUGCACAGAAAUCAUCUCAGAGCCAGCCGACAGACCCACCCCCAACCCCCCCGCCACCACCGCUGCCGCCACCAUCACCACCCCUGCCCCCUUCCACCACAACCAGGUGUGGGCCAUCCCGCCUCCGAGGAGGGCUGAGCCAGAGACAACAGAGCAGCCCCCAGUCCGAACCCCUUCCACCCUCACCCACAACAGUGCCCGAGCAAACCACCCCAUCCACAUCCAGCCGCCGCAGUCCACCACCACCUCCACCACCUCCUCUCAUCGCAGCACCCCUUCUCCCAUCAAUGCCGCCAGCUCCUUUGAGGGCUCAGGCAGCGGAGAGCCGAGCGGGGAUGACCAGACUGAGGAAGAGGAGGAGCCAGAAGAGGAAGCAGGUAGCGGGGUCCCAACGGAGGCCAGUGGGGCAGAGGAGCCUGUCGGUCCCACAGUGGCCAGCACCACUGUACCCACGGCUGAGGAGCGGUCAUCUUGUGACAACACAGAGUACGGCUGCUGCCCCGACGGAAAGACGCCAUCCAGCACUCCAGAGGGCGCCAACUGCCCCUCUACCAUGAGGUUCAGCGGCAUCCUGCACCUAGACCAGGUGGAGGGACAGGAGAUUUUCUACACGCCAGAGAUGGAGGACCCCAAGUCGGAGCUGUUUGGAGAGACAGCCCGCAGCAUCGAGAGCGCUCUCAAUGAGUUGUUCAGGAAGUCGGAGGUGCGCAAAGACUUCAUGAGCGUUCGUGUACGCAACCUGGCACCCAGCAAUUCCAUCCUCGCCUUUGUGGAGGCCCACUUCAAACCAGAUACAAAGAACACAGUGGAGGACAUCGAAGGAGCCCUGCGCAAACAGCUGAAGGCCUCCAAAGACACCAGCAUCGCCGUGAAGAAGCCGGAGGACGAGAAUAUUCGCUUCACCAAUUAUGGCCUCUCCUCCGUCCCCUUCUUCACCACCACUACCACCACCACCACGGCAUCAGUCACCACAGCUGCUCCCACCACCGCAGCUCCAACCACCACCACCACCACCAAACCUCCCCCGACCACCGCUUACUUCACCCGCCGCCCCCACAGCAGCAGACGCACCACCACGACCUCGGCGCCGGUCACAACGCAGCGAACCACAGCCGCGAAGACGGAAGCCGUCACCAUGACCACGCCGCAUCCACCCACCACCAUCUCCCACAUCAGGGGCAGGACCCACCACAAGCCCCAGAAGCCAUGCAGCUCCCACCCCUGCCUCCACGGGGGGACCUGCGAGGACGAAGGCAACGACUUCAGCUGCAAGUGUCCUGCAGGGCGAGGAGGCGCUGUGUGUGAAAAGGUGAUCCAUUACUUCAUCCCAUCAUUCGGAGGCCAGUCGUACCUGGCGUUCCAAACAAUGACCGCCUAUCACACGGUCCGCAUCGCCAUGGAGUUCAGAGCCUCCGAGAUGACCGCCAUUCUGCUCUACAACGGCCAGGAAGGAAAGAAGGACUUCAUCUCUCUUGCUCUGGUCAACGGCAAAGUAGAGCUCAAGUUCAACACAGGGUCAGGCACAGGCACGCUGGUCAGCAAAGUGGAGAUCACUCAGGGCCGCUGGCAUCAGCUGGUGGUGACUCGCAACCGGCGCAACGCCAUGCUGAGCGUGGACAACGAAGAGCACAUCGAGGGCGAGAGUCCACGUGGCACAGAUGGCCUCAACCUGGACACCCACCUGAUGAUUGGAGGAGUGACGGAGGAAAUGAAGGCUGAUGUGAGGGAGAGGACAGGAGUGUCAGCCGGUCUGGUCGGCUGCAUCCGUCUCCUCGAUGUCAACAACCGGGUGCUCAACCUGCAGGAGAGGGACGGAGACAGCCUGUACGGCAGCGGCGUAGGUGAAUGUGGUAACGACCCCUGCCAGCCCAAUCCCUGCAAGAACGGCGCGGCGUGCCAGGUGAAAGAGGCGGAGAUGUUCCACUGCAAGUGCAGCAAAGGAUUCUGGGGUCCAACGUGCGCUGACGUUCACGACCCAUGUGAGCCCAACAGGUGCCAUCCAUCCUCCCAGUGUCAGGCGCUGCCCGAGGGAGGCUACAAAUGCGAGUGCCCCAUGGGACGUGAAGGCAAGCACUGCGAGAAAGUGGCUGAGAGGAGAGGGGCUUACUUGCCGCUUUUCGACGGAGACUCUUACCUGGAGCUGAAGGGGCUCCAUCUGUACGGCCAUGACCUGCGUCAAAAGCUGAGCAUGACGGUGAUCCUCAUGGCCAACGACUCCAACGGUUUGAUCUUCUACAACGGCCAGAAAUCAGAUGGGAAAGGAGACUUCAUCUCGCUCUCCCUCAAUGAGGGGAUCCUGGAGUUCCGCUACGACCUGGGGAAGGGACCUGCUACCAUCAGGAGUAAGGACCCAAUCCAGCUCAACGUGUGGAACACCAUCAACCUGGAGCGCUCCAACCGCAAAGGAGAGAUCAUGGUGAACAAAAAGGACCCGGUCCGAGGAGAGGCACCGAACCUGCACGUAGAUCUUAACCUGAAAGAGUCUCUGUUUGUCGGUGGAGCUCCUGAUUACAGCCGACUGGCAAGAAGCGCCGCACUCACAGAGGGAUUCAAGGGAACCAUCCAGAAGAUCAUCCUGAUGGGCACCCCCAUCCUCCGAGAGGAGAACGCCCAGCGCUCCAGCAACGUAGCCAUGUUCCAGGAGCACCCGUGCUCCCAGGAGCCCUGCCAUAACGGCGGCCGCUGCAACCCCCAGCUGGACACCUACGAGUGUGUGUGCCUGAGCGGCUUCUCGGGGGGACGCUGUCAGAACACCAUUUACGAGAAGUCUGCAGGCGACACCGAAGCCAUCGCCUUUGACGGGCGGACGUUCAUCGAGUACCACAACGCCGUUACAAAGAGUGAGAAAGCUCUGCUGGUGAACAAGUUCGAGCUGAGCAUUCGCACAGAGGCAACACAGGGUCUGGUGCUGUGGAGCGGGAAGGGCGUGGAGCGAUCCGACUACAUCGCCCUGGCCAUCGUGGACGGACGCGUUCAGAUGACGUACGACUUGGGCUCCAAGCCCGUGGUGCUGCGCUCCUCGGUGCGCGUCAACACCAACCGCUGGAUACGCAUCAAGGCCAGCAGAGCACUCAGAGACGGCUCUCUACAGGUCGGCAACGAGGCGGCGGUAACAGGGUCAUCACCUUUGGCAGCUACACAGCUGGACACAGACGGAGCGCUCUGGUUGGGUGGUCUGGAGGAGCUGGCAGUGACUCGUCGGUUGCCCAAGGCCUACAGCACCGGCUUCAUUGGCUGCAUCAAGGACGUGAUGGUGGACGGCUUGGAUCUCCACCUGGUGGAGGACGCCUUAAACAGCCCCCAAAUACUACAAUGUUCUGCCGCCAAAUAACCGGGCAGAGACGAAAUAUAUAGAAAAAAUCGUUUAAAAAAGAAAAAACCUCCCCACCCGCUCCCUCCAUAGCACCCAUGUCUCCUGCUGUAAUUAUUUUCUAUUUUUGUAUACUUUUCAUCGCUUUUUAUAUGGAAAGAAAAUUAAUAUGUCAUUUUUGUUUAUAUAUAUUUUGGGUUUUUUUUCUUCUGCACCUCCAUUCACAGAACAUGUUUUUCUUUUUCUUUACUGCUCCGGCCCCUUCAUCUUUUUUUUUUAUCUGCGCAGGCAUCUCUGUGAAAAAGAGAGAUUUUAUUCUGGCCACUUUUGUUGUUUUAGAACAAAUGCCAACUUUAAAAAAAAAAAAAGAAAAAAAAAGAAAAAGCCUGCUCCUUUUUUUUCUCGCUCAUUACUUGAACACUGGUGGACGUCGCAGAUGAUCUCUGGUGACUGCCUUGUCUUGGUGCCAUAUCUAUCGUCCACAUUCCCCAAGCAUGGCCUAUACAUCCAUGAAUAUAUAGACAUACAUUCCCCUGAGAGAGCCGGACUCGGUGUAGUCUGGUGUGUGCAGGUCUUUGAUGCUGCAGCCAGCUGGUGUCUCCAGUCAAAAGAAAAAAAACUCUGUAUUCAUUCUCUGUAGCCCUCUGUAUUUUCCUAAUGGGACUUUUCUGAUAUCAGUCAAGCUGCUACAGUGAGAAAGUACACAUUCAUAACCACUCGAUCAACCCCCAUCUCACAGCACCCCAAAAAAAAAAGUCAAGACUCUCCUCUCAAUCUGAAUCCCAUCAGAGCCUUUAGUUUUGAAAUAUGACUCACUAACACUGCAAGCUGACACGAUGGAGACGGAGAGAGCGCUGCAUUCCUCGAUGACUCGCAUAUCAUUAGUCAUAAGUCAAGACAUGAAUCAUAGACAUGAAUAAAUGUUAUAAAUAUAGAGUAUAUAAAUAAUACCUGAGACUGUGAAUAUGUACGAUGGGUUCUCUUUGGAGAAUUGUGCUUCUCAUGUACUAUUGUGCGUUCUGUUUUACAAUCAGCAGAUGAACUAAUGAUGACCACUAUAAAUGCAUGCACUUCUGCAGUGUUGGUUUGAAUCUGGUUUUUAUUUGUUUGUUUUUAUAUUCACUUUUUGUUUCUUUCUUAUCCGGGGAAAUGUCACAGUUUGGGGGUUUGCUUGUUUUUCUGCAAUGACUUUGAAAAAGGUUCCCUUUCUUCUCUUAUUUCCACUGAUGUGAUUUCACAAACUACAAAGUUAUGUUUUCUGUUCGCUCAUUCCCUGUAUCUACUUAUGACGUUUUUGUUUAUUUUUGUUUUGGGAGCAGUUAGUUUUGCGGGACUUUGAAUGGUGCAUCCGGGGAAGAGUUGUUACCAUAUUUGACCUUAAGGAGGUGCUGAAAGCAAAGACUGAAGAAAAGGACAGACAGAAAAGGAUGCACUGAGGAGAACUACUCUUGGGAACAUCCUAUCAGACAACAGUGGACACAAACACACACAAAACAAAAAAGCUUCAAAAAAACUCUGCCUGAGACUUCGUUUCUUUUCUUUAUUUGACCUCGGAGCAUUCCUGGAGGAGUCUUUAUUCGGCUGUUUCUGAGAGAGAGACUGUGAUGUUGUUGUGACCUUCUGAAGCCAUAGCAGCUGCAAAAAUGGGAAAAAAAGACGCAUAAUCCUACAGUACUUGCAAAUUAACAUAGCAACGCAUGGGUUUGUAUUACUAGUGCAAAUUCUGUAACUUUCAGUGAACAGAUGCAACGUGGAGUCGUUGCUGCUGGACCACAAAAAGCUUCAGCGACUGACUAAAAGACUCUUGUUUUGAUAUGAGAAACUUGGCAAUAUCUUAAGACAAAAUCAUGCUUGUUCGUGGUCGAGUAUCAAAUGGUCUCGUACUUUUUUUUUUCUUUUCUAUCUUUAAGUUGUUAAUUAUGUUUUCCUUCUUCAAUCAUCAGACAACCUGUUUUUGUACAGCCCUGCAAUUUUUAAGUGUAAAUUUAGCAAAUGUGUGAUCUGUGGAGGUUUAUGUUUUUAGUAAUAUACACUGGAACCGUGUCCGACGUGUCUGUUUGCCCACACGAUGAUAUACUCAUGUACAUGGGGGAGGGACUGUGUGGGAUGAAGCUCUGAGUGUCCACACCACACCGAGCAACACUUCUCUGGUGUCCCAGUACACGUUUCAAUUCCACUACUUACUCUCUUAUUAACCUCAGAAUGGUCUUAUCUACCACACUGUUCUUUCUUCAAUUGGAGCAUUCAGGUGGUAACACUUAAUAAAGGAGAGUUUCCUGUGUAUUUGUGAGGACUUUAGACCAAUAAGGACAGUUGCAGUCUGGUCUGGUUUGAGUGGAAACUUUGAAUUGCCUUAAAAACUCAUCACCUGGACUCUUAGCAGGUGACAAAGACAUCAUCCAUAUAACUGUUUCCUUACUUUAGCCAGUGUAUUAGCCUCAUCCCCAUAAUGUAAAAAUGAGUAAUGCAUAAUAACAAUGAUAAUUAUAUUAGUAAUAAUGCACACAUACACACAUUUAAAAAAAAAUCCCAGGGGGGGCUCUGCAAAUAACCCCCCCAGGCUUUUGACAAAAACCUAUUUACUGUUUUAUGACUCUAUUUUCUGUUCCUUAUUUAUGUCUCCAUGUGGGUUACCCUCCAUGUCUGGCCUCUGUAAACUACUGUCUGACUGCGGAAAAAUGAACCCUCCUCAAACGGCAGUGCACCGAGUAUGAGUGGCAUGACCUGAGCAUUACUAACUUUAUGACCUUUGUCUUGUGUUCCUACCACCAUGAAAUAAAAUGUCAACCAAACGGA